UCUACUCACUUGUUAGACAAUAUUCAAGAAGUUAACAUCUCGAGAAGCACUAGAAAAAUUCUUAUACACAAAUUUAGUUUAAUAGACAAAAAUGUUAAAACAUAUGUGUACUGUGGGUAUCAUUACAAUGAGUUUUCUUCAAAUUAUCCAGGCUCAAAGGCCCUCCUAUGCGGGUUUAAGACCUCCAGAUGGAUUGAGUCAGAGGGACAAAUACCUUGGAACUCAAAACACAGCUCUGGAGAACAUUUUCGGUGUUACGGGACCCAGGGACUCAUCCUUGUCGCGAAACACUGUUGAGCUACCCUACGGAGCACCCCAAAGGCCGCCUAUUGGAGUUCCUGUGGUCCUACCCUACAAUACGAAUGAGUAUUCAAGUGCGGACGACCGAUUACCUAUCGAUGCCCAAGGUGAUUGGGACUUGGUAAACAGAUUGAGUCAGCUGCCUGAAGAACAGCAGCCAUUCUGGCUCUUAAACUACAAAGCAAUCGAGGACCUAAGGAGCGGUAGGAAUCCUAAUGUGGGCGCUUGGGAAUCUCGCCCAAAUUCCUUUGGCGGCUAAAAUUGAAUGAAAUUUGUAUGACUUAUAGCAAUUAUGUAAUCGUUCAACAUUAAAAGACUCCCAUGGAAACAAUUAAAAAAAAAAAUCACAGAAAAA